ACACCAUGCAUAGUGAAACAUUUUUACAGUUUCAGAUUUUUUGUUAACGUUCGGACAAUUUGCAUGUUCAGAUUUUGUUUUUUGGUGACCUGGGUUAGGCUUUAUGAGCCUAAUGCUCUAAUCUGCUAGCUAACAUUAGCUUCAGUGCUCCUGUGCAAAGUAAGCCUCUCUGUUGCAGCACAUGUGAAGUAAAAUCUAAUUGAUGCUCCUUGUGGUCCACCUUGAGAAGAAAAAUGUCUGACAGUGAAGGAUCCGCCCAUGAGCCGGCUGGACUAGAUGGUCUGCCACCUAUGUUCAGCAUUGCCAAGGGCGAGGUUAUGUCUGUGCAGGCUUAUGGAGCCUUUGUCAGACUGCCAGGAUACAAGAAAGAAGGCCUGGUUCAUGUGAGUGAGAUGUCAGCCUCUCGAGUGGAGAAUGCCUCAGAGAUCGUUGAUGUCGGAGAAAAAGUGUGGAUUAAAGUCAUCGGGAGAGAGACUCGGGGUGACAAGGUGAAGUUGUCCUUCUCUAUGAAAGCUGUCAAUCAGGGAACAGGACGAGAUCUGGACCCGAACAAUGUUAUGGCAGAGCAGGAUUCGAGGCGACGUAAGCAGUUUAGAGAUCACACAGGCAACAGGAUCACACUGGAAGCAGUACUCAACACGACAUGCUCAAAGUGCGGCUGCAAGGGUCACUUCACAAAGGACUGUUUCUCGGCCCCGGGCUUGCAGUAUGCUCUUUUGCCUGAAGAGGAAGACUUAGACCCACAGCAGCCCCAACAGCAGACCUCCACAGUUGCACCACAGCAAGAAGCAGAUAAAAAGAAGAAGAAAAAGAAGGAGAAGAAAAUGAAGAAGAAGAGAAAGAGGGAAAGAAAGGAGUCUGAGAGCGACAGCAGCAGCAGUAGCGAAUGCAAAACCAAGAGGAGGCGCCGUGACUCAGACAGAGAGGACAAAAAGAAGAAGAAACACAAGAAACAUAAAUCACAUAGACAUAGCUGAGGCAGACACGCCACUGCAAUCACCCAUAUACACGUGCACACACACACACACACACACACACACACACACACACACUGCAUGAAAUUGUCAGACAGACACAAGAGGGGAAGUGGGUGGUAAGACAGAGUGGCAGACUUCCUACUGUGUAUCUUUUAUUAACGUCAGCCGGUCAUGCAUUUAAGUUGAGACAUUGCAUUGUGUUUACAAAUCAAAAUAGGCAAGAAAGACACUGGUGACAAGGAGAUGUGUCCCAGAGUAACCUCUAGCCCCCCCAUAGAGGGCAGGGCUUACACACCAGAUGAAAUUGGAUAGGUGUAAGCAGUAUAGCGAUGAGUGGUUAUCCCUCUCUAAAUCCAUGUAUUGUUUACAGCUAUCUGGUUUCUAACGCUCUGGGAAAUCCAUUAAGCAGACAUGUAGACAUUGAAGCCCACUCUUGGGGGGGUCUGACAUGAAAAUCCUUAAGAAUAAAUCACACAGAGAAAACGACAUGCACAAAGACAAGGAUACACAUGUAUAGGAAGUAGUCAAACAAACAGGAUGUGUAUUGCAGCACAACUCAGCCUAACAGGAACUCAAAGCUGUAGUGAUAUUCUGAGGUCGUCUGAACCUUUAUUUGUGUGUAAAUGUGUGUUGUGUAUCUUGCCUCUAAGGGACUUCUUGUUUGCCAUAUAUACACACACACAUCUGUCUUCCUGCAUGUCAACUGUUAGCUCCAUUAAAGGUGUUUUAUUUUUUUCUUAUUGUAA